UCAAAAUGUUAUGUCAAUUCCCAUCCAAUAAAAAAAACACUUAGCGUUUAUUUAUUAUUGUUUCGGUUACAAUAAUUAGGGUAAAUUACGUAAAUAAUGACGGCGGUGUCGACAAGACGAGUUCGUACAUCAUCAUCGAACUUUUAUAAACGAUGUUAAAUAAUCAAAUGACUAUUUAAUUCAACAAAACCCGCGAUGUUAUUAGAUUUUGAACUGUGAAUCAACAACAAACAUUUGAAAUGUUACCCGUAGUUAUGUAUAACAUGGAAGGAAGUUCAAAUACAAUUCCAAAUUCGAAUUUUGGUUCGGUUUUUGAUGAUAACGUUAUUUUAAACUGUGUUAGGAGUAGGAAAAAAGUCACGGAACUUCCGAAUUGUCCUGUAUGCAGCUGUACUAUCAGACAGGGUGAAUUAGAUACUCAUUUAUGUUUGGAAGUGGAGAGGCUAAAUAAACUUUCUAAUGGUGGUUCUAAACGUAAGUUAAGUGCUAAUAGCCCCGGGAGUUCUAACCCAAUGCCUGGAUCUAGUUCUAGUGUUGAUAAUCAGAGUGAUGUUGAUGUGAGCGGGUGCCUCGGCAGCGAUGUUUAUCAGCGAGUUCACACAAACCGACUCAAAAGACUGCGGGCCCGUCGACGAAGUCCCCCCCCACAGCAGGGGGAGUGUCCCGUGUGUAAUGCAACUCUACCCGUGUCUAGACUACAGAGGCAUGCUCUACGGUGCCUGAAACGAACAGGAGCGGAGAUGGACGAAGAUAUACCAGAUACGAGCUCGGAGGAUGGAAGUAUUGACGUUGAGAACGAUGAGCCGUCGGGCUUCGGUGCGGAGUACCAGUGGUGCGGCGAGUGGCGCGUGCGCGCGGCGGCGCUGCAGGGCUCCGAGGCGCGACCCGCCACCUGCGUGCGACGGGCCUCCACUGACCGCGCUCUGGUCGUAGACGGCGACGAAGACACGGAACUGUACGGUCCAGCACAGUAUUCGCCAUCACGCAUUGCACCAGAUGCGGAUAUUCCCGUUGAAGACGAGGAGACGGAACAAAACGUGGAUGACGUAAUGGAGGAGGCGACCUCGAAACCGAACGGCAUCGUGGAAGCAAGUGCAGAGACAAGGAUACAAGCGUUGAAAGAAAAGAUAAAAGAUUUGGAAAAAAAGCAGAAUUCAUCUUUAGAAGCGAAGUGUCUUAUCUGCCUCGGACCGUAUAUAUCCCCGGCCGUUUCGAUCCAGUGCUGGCACGUGUACUGCGAGGUCUGUUGGCUACAAUCGCUGCGUGCCAAGAAAAUAUGUCCUCAAUGCAACGCAAUCACGACGGCCGAUCACCUCAGACGAAUUUAUAUGUGAAAUGUUAUCAAAUGAUAUUAGCUCAAUUAUAUUAUUAAGAAUAUAUUUUUGUCAGCUCCGUAGAUUACACGUGUAAUAAAAUAAAUGUUACAUAUGGUCGCUUUCAAUGGCAGGAGGACGAUAAUUUGACAAACUCGACCUUUAUUUAUUGACAUUGGUGGAGAUGUAAAUAAUCUGUGGGCUUUAAAAAUGGCGUUUUGAAUGUCAACGAUUUUAUUUAAAGCAAAGAUUAAAUUA